UCCUGCGUUCCGGGCUACCGCCGAGUGAAUAACCAGUUGUAUGGUGGUCAUUGUGAGAAGUGCACUUGCCAGGAUCAUUCCGAUACUUGCGAUCCCUUCACGGGAGCAUGUACAAACUGUCAGCACAACACCACAGGCCCACGAUGUGAGCUCUGCCUGCCCGGUCACUAUGGAAAUCCCUCUCUAGGUGGGGAACUUGGUGCAUGUCGUCCUUGUGCAUGCCCAACGGCGGAAAACAGCCGCUCUGCUGAGUGUGUUAUGACCCAGCUGGUCGUGUCGGGGCCGGCAGCAUCGCAGGAAGACGCGUACGUGUGCACGGCUUGCGAACGAGGUUACGAAGGGAAUAAGUGUGAAGUAUGCGCUGACGGGUUCUUUGGCAAUCCAAUGGAGGCUAAUGGCACUUGCAAAGAAUGUGAAUGCAAUGGAAACAUUGAUUUGAUGGCUAUCGGUAAUUGUGACACGGUAACUGGAAGAUGUCUGAAAUGCAUCGGAGAUACAACUGGCGAGCAUUGUGAAAUUUGCAAGGAGAACCACUGGGGUUCGGCAUUGGAGCACACCUGCAAACCCUGUGGUUGCCACCACGUUGGUGCUUCCUCUCCUCAAUGCGGCAGCCUAGGCGAAUGCACAUGCAAACCGAAUUACAUCGGGAAGCAAUGCGACAGAUGCAUCGUGAGUUCCUUAGAGCUUUCUCCCGAGAAGUUAGUGAUCUAA